GGACUUGGCGCGGGGUUGAGCGCCACAUGUCAUUUAUGUGUGGAUGCAGGGACAUGGGCUCAGCAGCCAAGCUUACAUACAUCCAUGCUGCAUCUGAACUCGUAUCUGAACAAGCAUUCAACCUUCAACCUUCUCCUGCGGCCACCGCGACAAUCCUCUCGACACGCAUCUAAAACCGCAAGCACGACCGGCCGUUGCAUUACCCAGCGGCACACCAAUCUGAGCCACUCUCGACGCGCCCUCGCGAUCCUCCAAUCACCCAGGGGCCCUCAGACCCCUCGAGCGACGGCCCGCGCUAGAAUUAUGAUCAACAUGUAACCACGCCGCCUCGCGCAUCAACGACUAUGCAACCGACACGACCCCAGCAGCCCCGGGGCCCCGGCAGCUUCAACCCGCUCUCCGGCAACCCGUCGCAGCCGUCUCAGGCGUCUACGUCGUCACGACCUCCCUUGCGCCGCGUCGAGUCCUCGGACAGCGAAGACAACAACAACAAGAACAACAACCCUCCUCCAAGACCGUCCAUCACCAUCCCCAGAUCCCGCCCCUCGCAGCAGCCGCAGGCCUCGUCGCCGGCGACGCCCAUCUACGCCCAGUUCGCCUCGCACGCCAACUCGAGCACCUCCAGCCUGCAGCAACACCACCAGCAUUUCUCGCGACCCGCCGCCUCGCGCGCCGUCACCCAAGGCUCCCCGGGGGGACCGCUGCUCAAGGGGCACUCGCGCAAGCACUCGGCCACGCAGGGCAUGUUUGAGCCCACGCUGCCGUCCACAAGUACCUCGAACCUUUCGUCGCACGUCGGCAUGAACCACCACGCCGGACCGCCCUCCACAUCGUCCGCCGCGGCUGCUGCUGCGGCGGCGGCGGCGUCGAACUCGGCGGCAGCGGCCAUGUCUGCGAGCCAGAUGGCCGCGCAGGCCGCCGUCAUGUCCCACCAGAACAAUAUGCACAGCCGGCAACGCUCUCAGACGGUGCCGUUUCCUGGCGACGCCAACGAGGGCAUUCGGCGCGGCAGCGGGAGCAAGGGACCCUCCGGUCCGCCCAUGCUGAGCCUGACGGAGGCGAGCGCUCCGCGGGAUACCGGGUUUGGAAACCACGGCGGACACUCUGAUCGAUAUGGCAGUUCUCACUCCUCCGCCGCGACUGCGGCAGCCAAUGUGGUGUUUCCACGGUCCGGACACAACUCUCCUCGAGGCCCGCACUCCGUAUCGCCGCAGCCUUAUUCCCAACAACCUCCACCCCCACCACCGGCGUCAGAGAAGCCUGGGGCGACUAAGCCCAAGGUCAAGCUCUUCUCUCGCCCUGGCAAGAUUAGCACCAAGGGCGAGACCAAGGAGAAGCCGUUGCCUAGCCCGGGCAAGAUUGGGUCGGCUCUGUCUGCGCUCCAGCGCGGCAACUUCAGCACCACCAGUCUAGUCGAGGCGAGCAAUCAGUCCAUGUACAGCAUGAACAACUCGUCGUCGGCUACUAUUCGGCCUGUCGAUUCACAGAUGGACGAGAAAGAAAAGGGAAAGGAAAAGGAAAAGAAACAUCACUUCCUAUCACGGCAGAAGAACAAGCUCAAGGAUGAGUAUCAUCUCCCGCUCUCAUCGGCCGCCAGCAAUUCGAGGCCAACCGACCCGAAUGCGCCAAAUCCCCUUUACAACUUCAACAUUCCCCCGAGCCCCGGACCAAAUUCGACCAGUUUUGCCAAGACAAAGAAGGAAAAGAAGCUUGCUGAGCGCUCCGAGGCUCGCCUUGAGAGCGAGGGAAGCUUCAGUCUACAGAGCGAAUGGCCCGGUCCGAGCAGUUUACCGUCGUUAUCCCAGCAAUCAACUAUGUACGAACCCAUCGACCCUGGGAAACUUGGCCUUCAGAACAUGUCGCUGGACGACGCCUGGCCAGUCCUCAAGGCCAAGCUGCUGGUCAUCUUUGAAGGCGAGGAUCUUCGACCCACAAUCGAAGAUUUCAACAAGGUGGUUCAGAUGCACAUCAAAUGGUGCAUGCACCGGCGGUCACCAAAUGCCAUGCUCGAGGACCUCAGGGAUCUAUUGUCGACAGGCUUCUCUUCCUUAGACCGCACGCUGCGGAAGACGCCAGAGGAUCGCUUCAUCCCAGUGCUAGUUGAGCUCUGGAUAUUCACCUUUACAUCCAUCUUACCAUAUUUGCAGGCCGUUUUCCUGCCGCUCGACCUCGAAGUUUCGGGCUGCGGUACAAUCAUGACCGGAGAGCAGGCCCGGGACUUCUGGGGCGGCGUCAUAUCGUCCUCGUCGUCGAACAAGCCGGCGCGGGUGACUCCAGCAGCGACGGUGCUUGAUGUCAGGAGGUUGGUGCUCAUCGCGUACAGAGAUAUCGUUAUUCUCCCUCGCUACGAGACCCUCAAGACCAUCUUCUCCCGCCUAUCUUUGGAGAUCCUGCCAUCCUCCCUAGCCAAUACAGCACUAUCAUCUCCUCCCCAGGACGCUAUCCUGUCCACCUCCCCCUCAGAGUCCUUCACCUCGAUGGCCCGCCCCGGCACUGCCAUGUCGCUGGAUCCAUCCAACGCGUCGUACAACUCGAACAGCACGACGCUACUGGGCGAAGGUUCAGCGGGAGGCCGCAGCCGCGCCAUCAGCAACGUCAGCUUUGGCAGCCACGGAAGCGAUGGCGUAUUGCGCCCCUUCACACCCUCAGGCAGCAUGCCACCGCCUCCGGGGCUAGGCAGCGUGCGUGAGCGCGAGCAGAACGUCGACGACUCCAAGCACGUUACCGACAUGGUCGGCCGCAUGCUGCAGUGCAUGAGCGUGCUGUCGAGUCUGGGUGGCGUCGCGGCCGGCGACCCCAACGACGAGGGCAGCGCCAAGAUGGUCGAGCUGUGCAAGAUGCUCAAGCUCAACUGGCUGGGUCGCGGCAGGACGGGACGGAAUCGGAGAGGCAUUGUUGGCGGGAGGGUGAGGAGGGAGGAUCUAAGAGAUGAGCUGCGCGUUGCUUGAGUGAAGUCAUCAUGAACAGAUAUUUAGCACACCUUCUGUAAGGAUUUGGGAGCCUAUGGCUAUUGUAUGAGAAAUGGGAUUGACGGAUAUUGCCUUGGGAAAGGUAGACAGACAGAUGAAAUGACGAAGCGUUGACAUCCAGCGCAAUUUGCAAUUCAGACUGCAUGGGGUUACAUCUCGACUCUCAAAGCUCGAUACUCAUCUAAACAGGAACAUAUAUUUCACACAUUACAAGCGAAAAGUUGUCACGAUUGGAGCACUUUAAGAUUUGGUGACACAAUGCUUCAUUUAUUUUCAGGUACAUAAUGUUGCCACGCGUGGGGCGGUUAUGAUUUUGCUGCA